UUGGAAAGCGUUUUGUGAUGGUGGUCCACUAUGAAAGUUGCUUUAUAUAAAAGUAAAGAUUAUUAUAAUUAUUUUCCGUUCCGUUAUUGAGUAAUAAAAGAACCCUGCCCCUCAUGAUGAACAAUGGUAGGCAGAGUCGGCUUGUUCUGUAACUGGACAUUUUUAAUUGUGCUAAAAAGGAAAAACUUUGUGAAGGUUUUAUCUCCACUAUGUCAUCAGGUUGGGCCGGAUUGAGAUGCCUGAAGUCUCUGUUCUGCUCCUGAAACCAUUCACUCUCUCUCCCUCUCUCCUUCCCGGUCCCCCCUCUCCCGCUCCCCCAGGGCAGACAGACCCCUCCCAGGAUGGUGUAGAGUGUGUUGAGAGUCUGCUGAUCCAUCAUGGCUGUGUUUAAGCUGGGGAUUGUGGAGGACCUGUAUGAAAUAGGAGAGGUGCUGGGCAGUGGUCACUAUGGCACGGUGAGGCUGGUCCGAGAGAAGGGCUCGGGAACGGACUACGCCGGGAAGUUCCUGAAGAUCCGGAAAUGCAAGAGCAGCCGGCUGGGGCUGGAUCGGGAGGACGUGGAGCGAGAGGUGGAGAUCCUGCAAGCCCUGCAGCAUCCCAACAUCAUGGCUCUGAGAGACGUGUUCGAGAGCAAGGCAGAGCUGGUGCUCAUACUGGAGAUGAUCCGUGGAGGGGAGCUCUUUGACUUCAUUGCUGAGAAAGAGAUGCUCUCCGAGGACGACGCCAUCCAGUUCAUGAAGCAGAUCCUGCAGGGAGUGGGAUACAUGCACUCCAAACACAUCGCACACUUCGACCUCAAGCCAGAGAACAUCAUGCUGCUGGAGAAGGACGUGCCCCAACCCCACAUCAAGCUCAUCGACUUCGGACUGGCCCACCGGAUAGAGGAGGGGGUGGAGUACAAGAGCCUGUCUGGCACCCCCCAGUACAUCGGUGAGUGCAGCAGUCCAGAUCCAUCAUGGCUGUGCCAGGAUUUCAAGAUGUCUCAAAAUGACAUUAAAUAUGAGUGCGGGGGGGGCGGUAAUGGGGUGGCACGGCUAUAGCUUGCUAGAUGAGAU